AUGUGUAUUUGUGGCAUCAUGCAGACCAAAAAAGCUAGCUCUGUCUUUGCGUCAGUUAGCUUCUGGACUUUCUCAUUCUCAUCCUCAGGACAAAAACUUCCUCCAAAUAGCCACCGCGGCAAGCGAGAAGCAAAGAGUCUCAGUGAUGACACAAACUAUUUUCUUCUUGCUUUGCAGAGGCCAACCAGAUUCAGAUGCAGUGUGCUGGAGCUCGACGAUGUCCAAGAUGUAACUGAGAAGGACACACAGAGCCGCAAACAAGUACACUCUGGCGUUGGUCAAGUUCGUGAAGCGCCAUCCAGUUGCUUGCUUGGGAAGACGAGGGAAGUCGUGUAUCUCGGAGUGCACCGUACAUUGACUAGGAUGAAGUUGCAAACGGAGGGGCCGCAUAGAUAUCUGACUCUGACUCAACAACAAUCAGACCCUUCCCUCACAGCAUAUCUGCCACUCCUACACCAUGCUACUCACACAAACCGCGCGGAAGUCUGCCGUCUUCGUGACAUGGACACUGCUGCAGGUCAUCAUCAGCCAAACCCUUUCCAGGGUAGAACCUACACACUCCCAGAUGUUUAUCGUCUUACGACGGAUAAAGUCAACGGUAAGAAAGAAAUAAGCGGCCUCCGCGAGCAGACACAAAAGCCUCUGCUGGUACGGCAGAGACCAGCCAUAAACAUUUCCAAAGUGGUAGGCUUCUUGGAUCUCCAGGGCGUAGCGAAGAAAGACACUCAAAGCAAGCACCUAGUAGGUCUUGGGGCCCGCGAAAACAGCGAGAAGGAAUACGAGGGUGGAGGAGUUAAAGACGUUUAUGAUAGAGAGCAACGCGAUGGUGCUAUUGGGCGAGAGAGGGUUCAUCAUCGUGAAGUGAUAGAAAUGGAGAUUCGGAGGAUGAGAAUUAAGAGGAUGGAGCUCGACGGAUGA